AUGAAGCACCUCGCAGCUUACCUCCUCCUCUCCCUCGGUGGAAACUCCUCUCCAUCUGAGAAGGACAUCAAGACCGUCCUCGAGUCCGUCGGAAUCGAAGCUGAUGACGACCGUCUCAAGUCCUUGAUUUCUGAGCUUAAGGGCAAGGAUCUCCAAGAGUUGAUCGCUAAAGGAUCAAGCAAGUUGGCUUCCGUUCCAUCUGGUGGUGGUGGUGGUGGUGCAGCUGCGUCCGGUGGUGCUGCCGCUGGUGGUGCUGCCGCUGCUGAGGAGAAGGAGGAAGAGAAAGAAGAGGAGAAGGAAGAGUCCGACGAGGAUAUGGGUUUCGGUCUUUUCGAUUAA